AUGCCGGCGCGAGUCUCUACCAGGUCCACGCGGGGCACGGCCGCCAGCUCGAAUAAAUCGUCUGCAGCGACCCAUGGCUCCCGAGCAUCAACAUCAUCACGCUCUUCCUCGCUCGCGCUCGACGUACCGACCGAAAGACCAGACAACGAGCUUCGCGGAAAGGUGUGCGCCGUCUUUCGUGAUGCGCAGAGAAACACAGCGUCGCACCGCAAGCUCGUGGUUACCUUGCGCAAGAUCCAGGAGGCUUGCGCUUACGAGCCCACCAGCAACAAGCAGUCUGCAUCAAGCGACUUCGAUGAGGAGGCCUUCAACUCUGAGUUCGUCCGGUGUGUCCUGAGGGUUAUGCCCAUUAAGAAGUCGGAGAGCGUUGGAGAAAAGACCAUUCGAUUUGUCGGGUUUUUCUUGCGACAUGCGAACGACAAAGAUAACGAAAUUCUUGGCGAGGUCGACGAGGAUGCUAGUGUCAUGCCUGAGACUCCCAGCACACGACUCACUAGUUUCCUCAUGGAGACUAUCCUGCCCCUUCUCAUGGUAAAAGAUAAGUUUGUGAGGUACAGAUCCACCCAGUUGGUUUCACACAUCAUCAACUCUCUCGACGCCAUCGAUGACGAUCUAUUCCAAAAACUCCGACAAGGACUCCUUAAGAGGAUCCGUGAUAAGGAGGCUAUGGUGCGCGCCCAGGCCGUUCUCGGUCUCGGAAGACUGGCUAACAACCUUGACGCCGCUGCACACUCCGACGAUGAUAGUGAGGAGGAUGAAGCGACAGGACUGCUCGAAAAGUUGCUCGAGGUUCUACAGAAUGAUCCUAGUGCAGACGUGAGAAGGUCGCUCCUCGUCAACCUGCCGAUUGCCCCUGCUACUCUUCCCUAUCUACUUGAGCGCGCCCGAGACCAAGAUGCCGCGACCCGCAGAGCAGUUUAUUCGCGAUUGCUACCCGCACUCGGCGAUUUUCGUCAUCUGUCCCUUUCUAUGAGAGAGAAGCUCCUCAGAUGGGGACUCCGUGACAGAGAUGAGAAUGUCCGCAAGUCUGCCGGCAGGCUCUUCCGAGAACGCUGGAUUGAAGAUUGUGCUGGUGUUGCGCCGCCCGAAGAUGGUGCUCAACCUGCGGAGCCAUCACCUCCUAACUUCGAUGGUCUCCUCGAGCUCCUCGAGCGCAUCGAUGUCGUCAACUCGGGCGUUGAGAAUGGUGUUGCUCUCGAGGCGAUGAAGGGCUUCUGGGAGGGUAGACCUGAUUACCGGGAGGCUGUGACAUUCGAUGAUCAGUUCUGGGAAACCCUGUCCGCCGAGUCGGUCUUCAUGGCCCGAAGCUUCAAUGAUUUCUGUAGGAACGAGGGCAACGGCAAGUUUGAAUCUUUGGUCGAAGAGAAGCUUCCAGAAGUGACCAAGUUAGCAUUUUACCUCGAACGGUACAUUGGUGUCUUGGUCGAAGCCAUCAAGAAGGCAUCACAAGCAGAGGGUGAAGAGGAGGAAGAGGAGGACACCGUUGAACAAGAGUUCAUCGUCGAGCAACUUCUUCACAUCGCAAUCACUCUUGACUAUUCCGAUGAGGUUGGCCGACGGAAGAUGUUUGCCCUGCUUCGUCAAUCCCUCUCCGUGCCAGAACUUCCGGACGAGGUGACAAAGCUUACAGUCAGUGUGCUUAGAGACAUCUGCGCCCCUGAUAAUGCAGGCGAGAAGGAGUUUUGCUCUGUCGUUUUGGAGUCUGUUGCUGACGUCCACGACACCAUCGUUGAUGACCUACCUGAUGACAAGACUGAGGACAGCUUUCACUCAGCAAGGUCAGAGGUCAGUGGUGACGCCACGCCCACUAGAAAUGGGAGCCGUGGGAAGAGUCCUGAGCUCAGCGAAGAAGAAGCUCGAGCAAAGGCUGUCAAAGAGAUCAUGAUCAACAUGAAGUGCUUGCAUAUCGUGCAGUGCAUGUUGUCUAAUGUCGCCGGCAACUUGCAACAAAACGACCAUUUGGUCUCUAUGUUGAAUAACUUGGUUGUUCCGGCAGUGCGAAGCCAUGAGGCUCCUGUGCGUGAAAGAGGCCUUGUGUGCUUAGGUCUCUGCUCCCUGCUCGACAGAUCUCUGGCCGAAGAGAACUUGACACUUUUUAUGCACUUCUUCACCAAAGGCCACACGGCACUUCAGAUCACUGCCUUGCAGAUCCUCACCGACAUUCUCAACGUUCACGGAGCCCAGCUUCUUAGCACAACACCGACACUCCUCAAGGUAUACAUCAAGGCACUCAAGUCUGGAACCAAAUCACCCGAAGUCCAGGCAGCCGCCACACUGGCCGUGUCGAAGCUGUUGCUGGGACGCGUUGUUACAGACCCGGAAGCCGCGGCUGAGAUGCUCAAGACCCUCGUCGUACAGUAUUUCGAUCCUGCUACAGCUCAUAACCAGAGCGUCAGGCAAGCUCUCAACUACUUCCUGCCUGUCUUCUGCUACUCUCGGGCGGAGAACCAGGAUCUUAUGCGUUCUGUUGCCCUCGACGCUCUGCACAUGCUCGUGAACGUUCGUGAGAGCUUGGAGGAUGACGAUGCUGAUGUGGACGAAGACAUGGAGAGCCUAACGACCAUUGGUGCUUGCCUAGUAGAUUGGACAGACCCUCGCAAGUGCUACAACCCAGCUCAAGGCCUUGAGCUUGAGAAGAAGACUGUCAACGGCGACAUUCAUUUGGAGUUCGCCUUGGACAUUUUGGACCGGCUGAAUGGAAACAUGAGCAAGGGAGAAAAGAAGAUAGUGGCACCGCUGCUUGGAAAACUGUACAUUUCCCCGGCCAGCACAGAGACGAAGAUCAGGGAAGUGUACGACGAGGUUUCCAUUGCCGUAGACGACAGGCUUAUCACCGAUACGACGGGGCGAAACGCUCUCAACAAGAUUCACUUGAGCUUGGGCAAGAUUGUUGCUGCUCUUGGAGAGCAGGAAGCAGAGCCUCGCCGUGUAAGCAGGAGCGUCUCCGUUGCGUCUGUUGCGCCGUCCGCAUCGGCAGCGUCUGAGAACAACGAUGCCGAUGAGGACAAGACAGUUACCAUAGAGCCCACUAUCAAGGAAGAGGACGAGGACAGCAAUGAGGGCACCGUUAUCCAACGAUCAGAAGGAAACUCGUUGGUGAGCGAGCUCCUAUCGGACGAGGAGGGUGCCUGA